AUGUGUGAGUGUGGAAUCCACGAAGACGAAGAUACCAUAGAAGAACAAGAAGACACAACCCGGGCUGCCUCACGGCCGGUACUGACGAGAGUCGAAGCCCCCACUCUCCAGUGCGGGUCUUUGUACCGGAUCUCUGUGUCAGAUCCGGUCAGGUAUGCAACUUUGAACAUUGAAGUACCUGAGUUCUACAGCUCGAGUACAACCCCUCAUGAGAGCCAGGCGUAUAUAGCAACCCAGAGACUCCGGCCAACAUUUGUGAAAGAUCUCAGGAUCGAAUACUAA